AUGAAAGAAGAACAUGAUAAGCAGUUUCUGAGCGAAUGCGUGGAAGACACGAGCAAAACUGGGAAGAAGGUAAAAGGUAGGAAACGGAAAGGUGAUAGUAAAACUGGUAGUGAAGAGAAUAUUCCUACGCUAACUGAAGAUGUGAAAUCUAUAAAGAAGAGAAAACGAGGCAAACCUAAUGGAAACAAAGUAUGUGAUGAAACCCAAGGAGGUGAUACUGUAGAUAAACAUAGCAAAAAGAAAAAGAAUAAAUCUGUUGUCCAGGACAGCAGUGAGAUAGCACCAGUAGGAAAUGAAAAUUAUGUGAAAGAUAAAUUAUCCAAAAAAGCAGAAGCGUCAGGAAAUUAA